UAAUUUAUUGGUUUCUUUUCAAACCCGAAAAAAAUAAAGAGGAUAUUACCCGGAUUCCUAUAAGUAAUGAAGAAACCCAAAAAUAUGUGUUUCAUCGCAUUAUCGAUUCUUGCCCAAUGUAGACGAUUAUGAUUCUUUGGUUGGUAUAGGAAAAAGAGCACAACGUCUAAGAAUUUCGUAAGCUCAAUGGUUAACUGAAAAGAAUGGUAAAGAGCUACUUCGCUAUCAGUAAUCGAUGCGUAUUCUAGAUGGAAAAUUGGAUCAAAUUCUAACCAGGAUUGGCAUACUAAUAUCUUUUGUAUGCAAACAAGGAACUUUACAAGUUUUCAAAACCUUCUGCUAUUGUCUUGCUUGCAAUUUUAUUUGCCAUUCGACCAUUGUAGCAAAGAAAGAAAGGUAUCUCAACUAUCGCUGAAUUAUACAAACCAGGUAUACACGGCUUAGAAGAAACAAAAUGACGAAUAGAGGAUUGAGAAAUCGGUAUAAGCCUUUCAUGCUACGUUUGUCAAGUUGACUCUUCUGAGGGUGUUAUAAUGUAAGCAGGCAACGAUUAGGUAACUUUUACAGUUAACGCGGUUGAAAGCAACAUCUCAGAAUCCUAUUUUCCAUCGAAAAUGCCUGCUUCCUUCAUAUGUCUCUAUAAUGGCGCUUUUCAGCGACUAUGCUUCAAAAGCAACAACGUGUCAAAGUUUUGGGAUCGGUUACUGUAUAACCCUGCGUUGUAGUCAGAUGAGUCCUGGUUUCUUUUAUCAUGAAAAGUGUUAGAAGUGUCACCCUCGGUACAGAUUAUGCAUUUCUGAACACUGCGGCAAAUUGACAAGCCAUUGAAGAAGUUAACACUUCAGAAGAACUGCCAUUUUUUAAACAAGGUGGAAAGCAGUAUCAAGCAUUGUUAAAUGAAGCAAGGAGACAACAUAAAGAAUCAAAUAAAAAUUCAGUAGGCUUCCUAGGGACCGUAGGAGGGUUUCAAUUUAUACUCUUGUUUCUAAUCCGAUCCAUUCCUUUUAAAAUUCCAAUUAUAAAGCAAUCAUUCUCGCUAUAUCCAAAAAACAAAUAGGAUGAUUCGUUUAUGCACUAUUCCAAAAAGAAGGAGGAAAGUUGACCGUAAAUUUUCUCUCGUUUACAAACAGCCUAAAUAGAAAAUUCUUUUUACUUUUCAUAGUUGAAGGGAGUAAUCAUAUUGUAUACAAAGUGAAGAUAAUGAAAAAGCAAACUUUUUACUAUUUACUUCAAAACUGCACACAGAAGAAAGACUUUAAUACUUUCAUACAACAGAGGUUGUUGGUCAAAUUCAUCGUUUAAGCAAAACACAAUAGAAAACUGAAUUAGCGAAUUUCAUUUUGAAUUACUUUACUAUUGAAAAUUGAUUUUAUCGUCACUUGCAAUAUUUGUAUUGACGUUGGAAUAAAGGAUGAAAAAAGAAAUUUGGGAGUUUGAGUAUUAAAGCAAACAAAGCUGAAUCUUUAUCGAGUAAUAAAUUAUGGCGCGGAAAGAGCAUCCUUUUUAUUGUUGCUAUUUGAUCCAAUCUAAGAAAAAGGCUUCCAGUAGAUCUCUCUACAUUGGUUCAACCCCAAAUCCAAUUCGACGACUUCGACAACAUAACGGGGAAAUACAAGGAGGAGCCUGGAAAACGAGAAAUGGACGACCAUGGAUCGUACUUUGUCUUGUUCAUGGGUUUCCUAAUAAAAUUUCAGCAUUACAAUUCGAGUGGAUCUGGCAGCAUCCCAAUAUUUCUAGACAUACUAAAGACAAGGAAGCAAAAAUAAAUAAAACACCGAGUUUAAGCAACUCUCUAGUUGCUCUUCAGCAAAUUGUUUCUUGUAACGGUUGGAAUCGAUGGCCUCUUGAAAUAACAUUUUUCUCUCAGCAUGCAUUUGAAAAAUGGAAGGCAAUUAGCAAAGGGAAUACCUCUGUAAAGUUCACCAUGAAAGAAGAGGAAUUAAUGGACUUUUACCAUAAGGCUUCUGAAAUGGAAUCGACAAAGCCUCAGUCGGAAAAUAACAUGACUCGAAAAUCCAUUUGUGAUAUAUGUCUUUGUGAAGUCCAUGAAAGGGACUCAUUGCUUCAUUGUCUAUAUGAUGAUUGUGAUAUGACCAGCCAUACAACAUGCUUGGCGGUUCAUUUUCUAGAGAACGAAAAUCAAAUCUUACCAAUCGUCGGUCGAUGCAUUCAAUGUUUACGCUUUCUUCAAUGGAGUAAACUCAUUCAAAGCAUUCAAAUGUUGGAAAUGAAUGUCAACGAUCACGAGAACGACAUGACUGAUCAAGAAUAAAGAACUAUAAUGCUUUCCCAACCUUGAAAUUUAUAAUUUAUAAGAAUGGAUUAAGGAUAAAAAGGUUUUAAAAAUUGUUCACAACGGAUAAACCAACAUCCGUAGGACCCACUUGCA